AUGACGUUAUUAUGGCUUUUCGCCAUCCUCUUAUCAGUAACGGCACGACAAUACCUUCCAUCAAAUCGUGUUCCCAAAUGGAAAACCGCAGAUCCGAAUUAUGGGCCAGAUUACGGGCAACCGGAACAAAUUCAUCUUUCCAUGGGAGCUUCGCCCACAGAAAUGAUAGUCACCUGGUUGACGUUCGAUGAUACGGAGAAGUCAUUUGUGCAUUACGGACUGAUCACUGAUAAGAAACUCGAGCAGGUUUCUGAGGCUCGCUGUAGUGAAUUCGUCGACAAUCCAAAAUCGAAGAAGAAGCGAUACAUUCAUAGGGCUACGCUUUCUGGUCUAGCUCCCGGAAAGACAUAUCAAUAUCGUGUGGGCAGUGAUCAUGGAUGGAGCGCUGUCUAUAAGUUCACUGCGUUGGCCCCACGAGAUGAUGGCGGCUACGAAAUUGCUGUGUUCGGAGACUUGGGUAACCAGAAUGCUCGGUCGCUGGGCAAACUUCAGCGGAUGGCACAAGAUGGUGAUAUCGACAUGGUUCUGCACGUUGGUAUG